CUUCUGUCACUUCUUCUUCUUCCGGUGAUCGAUCGAUAAUCACAAUGCAUUCGUUUGGAUACAGAGCAAACGCUCUCCUCACGUUCGCCGUAACUGCCCUCGCCUUCAUCUGCGCAAUCGCCUCACUCUCAGACAAAUUCAGCAACCAGAAUCCCUCUGCUGAGAUCCAGAUACUUUACAUCAAGAGGUUUAAAUCUUAUGGUAAUGAUGAGGUUAGCUUGACAUUGGACAUAAAUGCAGAUUUGCAGUCACUGUUUACUUGGAACACCAAACAGGUUUUCGCUUUCGUGGCAGCGGAAUACGAAACCCCAAAGAACUCCCUGAAUCAGGUUUCUCUAUGGGAUGUGAUUAUCCCUGAUAAGGAACAUGCCAAGUUCCGGAUUCAAACCUCAAACAAGUACCGUUUCAUUGAUCAGGGACAUAAUCUUCGUGGGAAAGAGUUCAACUUGACGUUACACUGGCAUGUCAUGCCCAAGACCGGCAAGAUGUUUGCUGACAAGAUUGUCAUGCCUGGUUACAGCUUACCAGAUGCAUACAAAUGAUGAAAAAGACUGAAGAUACCAUCUAAAGAGUUUUUGAAUUUCGUUUUUUUCAUGGAAUGGAUUCAGACUUUCUUUUAUAAUGUAAAACUACUAUUUGAUCUGUUAGAUUCUUUUUUUUCUAAAUAGAAAAAAAUAAAAGCAGAGGAUCCUAAUAGUUUUACAAAGUUGUUUCAACAUAACUAUGAGCUAAAAC